AUGAUGCUUGGUGGAGGCGAGCUGCGUGGCGGAAGGAACGGACGAGAAGAGAAAGUGCAGGAAGCAGGUGGCGCUGCUGCUGCCGGUGAAACCAUCGCCGCCUCCGCUACUGGUGCUGGUGCCCCUUGCUUUGCAGCAAUGCGGUGUAUUGCAGCGGAGGGGUUGCAGCAAGGCAUGGGAAGGAAGGAUGGAUACUCCCCUCACAUAACUCCUCGAUCAAGAACGGAAGGAGCCGUCUGGAAAGAGCGGAAGGAGCGGGAAGGAGCGGAAUUCAAGGAGGGACGAAGGACGAAACUUUCCGAGUAUAGCGUCUUAAAAGGGCAGACCAAGGGGGGAAGGGGCCUGGAGGUGGGAGCGACGGCUGUUCGGCGAAGCCUUUGCGAUGGUGAUGGUGGAGGCGAGCCGCCAUCUCAUCUGCCCUUUCAUCUGCCGCCAUCAGAACGCCCACGAGUUCCUCUGCUCGCUCCUCCACUGCCUUCAUUCCCAAACUGCCUCCAUCGCCCCUGUGACCCUGUCGCCGCCUCUCCCGCCCACACCCGCACCCGGAACCCCAUCGUGGGAGAAGGCAGGGCGCCUGCGGGGGUUGUUGUGAGGGAUGUGGAGGGAGAGACACUAGUGAGGAGGAGUUUCUCUAUCCCUCACUCCCCAUCCUCCCACCCCGCGUGCUCUGCAACUCACUCCACCACGGUUGGAUCAAGAGCUCCUGCUGCUCUUGCUGGCUCUACUGCUAGUGCACGCAGCAGCAGAGGUACCAGAGGCAGUGCUACUGAUCCUAGUGCUGCUGGCGCUGGCCGUGUUGCUGCCGCCUCACUCACCAUCCACUCUCUGUUGCAAAAUCUCUUCCAGUGCAAUCAAGGCGAGGCGUGCACCCACUGUCACCGCUCUGCACCGUGCCGCAUCUCCCGGGCCUUCCUGUGCCCACCACGCAUCCUCAUCCUCCAAUUCCAAACCACCUUUCAACCCACCGUGUGCCUUGAGGAACCCACUCGCUCCCUUGAGGAGCCACUGCCUCCCUUGACAACCCUCCCUCGCACCACUAUGCCAACCCCUCCGUCGUGUGAACCUCCUCACCAUGCGGUGCCCUUCCAUGCUCCUCCGUCUCCUAAGAUUGCCCACCACGCGCACCCUCACGUCUCUGUCUCUCCACUUAAACGUUCUCCUCCAUCCGCUGAGCAACAAAUGCUCUUCCGUCCGCCUCUCCCUCUCCUCCCUGUGGCAAGACUGAGGGGAAGGAGGAAGGGCAAGAGGAGGAGCAAGGGGGGCGAAGAUGAGGGCAGGGAGUGUGAAGAGGCGGAUGAAGAGGCGGAGCAAGAUGAAGAGGUGGAGGAGGAGAAAGAGGUGGAGGAGGAGGAAGAGGUGCAGGAGGAGGAAGAGGUGGAAGAGGAAGAGGUGGAGUAG